GAUAUGUCUUAUAUUCAUAUAUGCAGGCAUGGGCAGGACUUGGACAAUGCCGCAAGCACUCUGAAUGGCCAUCGCAAUCAGCCUCUUUCGGCGCUUGGUGAAAAACAAGCUCAGCGGACGGCGGAAAACAUUUUAAAAAGUGGCAUUCAUUUAGAUGCGAUCUACUCUUCACCGCUGCGACGUGCCCAACAAACCGCUGAAAUUCUGCGCACGAUGAUUCCCGCCCCUUUAGAGCUUGAGAAUGGGCUUAUUGAGCGUGAUUUUGGUGCUCUCACGGGCAGGCCGUACUCGGAUAUCCCAAAGUUAGCCGGCGAUAACGUUUUUCAGGGCGACAAGGUUUUGUAUUUUCUGGAAGUGGAUGGAUGCGAAACGUUUCCGUCUUGUUUAGAUCGUGCACGGCGUGUAUUGGCUCGUUUGGAUGCGAAACACUCGGGCCAACACGUGCUUCUGGUUUGUCAUGGUGAUAUCGGAAAGAUGUUAAUUGCAGCUCGUAGGGGUAUCACAUGGCAAGAAGCUCUCCAGCUACCAUACUUUGAGAAUACAGAGGUCAUUUCGAUUUGAUAAUGAUCGGAAUGGGAGAGCAAACGUGUGAAGAGAUGAAAAAAUAUUCUGUUUGUGUAUCAAAGUCUAA